AUGACUUCCGCGCAGAUUCUUCGCGCGGUUUCCCGCCUGCCGUACCUCACGUUUCUGGACCUUCCGCGGGGCGCGAUCGUUGACUCGGUUGACUCCGCUGAAUCCGUUGACCGAUUUAACCUUGCCGAUUGCCUUGACUGCGUUGACCCCGUUGACUCCGCCGACUCGUUAAUCCGCGGAUUAUCCGCUGCCUGCCCGCAGAUCCGUUCCCUGCGCGUGGCGGAGCAACCUUCGUUCCGCAAGGCGGAAGAGCAGCGCGCCGAGUCGUCUCCCGCGGACACCCACGCGUUGCCAGUGAUUUCCGCCGACCUAUUGGUUGCGCUCUCUCGCUGCCGCGCGCUCACCCAUCUCCGCCUGAUCACUUCCGCCGCGCGCACUUGCGCUGAUAAUACCGCCGCUUCCGCCAUCGCAGAAGCCGCCGCCGAAGCAUUAUCUUCUCCGCGCGCCAGUUCCGCGGAGGGGAGUCGCUCGCGCGGAUAUUCUGGUGCGCUUCUUCCGCGUGACAACAAUCCUGCGCCCGCCUUAGAUGUCCUCCACGUGUCAGACCCCGAUCACUUCAGCUACCUUUCCCCCGCGCUUCCCCGCUUGACCUGCUUACGUCAGCUCCACGUCAGCAACGUCUCCAGCCUGCCCGAAGCGCUCAGCACCCUGCGCCAGCUCAGCCUCUUAGAUAUUAACGCGGAGCGCGGCUUCCAGAGCCUUCCCGACGCGCUGUUCUCCAACCUACCUGUUCUCGAGACAUUUCGCAUACGUGGCGCCUCGGAGUUAAUCUCCCUUCCAGAGACCCUAGGCGCACUUACCUCCUUAGAAGACCUCCUAGUACAGUCCUGCGGCGUGGAAUCUCUCCCCGCCAGCCUGGGAAACCUGGGCAAACUGACGUCCCUCGUUUUAGUCACAUGCAAGCAGCUGCUGCAGCUUCUGCCCGAGUCUAUCAGCGGGCUCCGCUCGUUACAGCGACUCCGAGUCUCCGAAUGCCCCCGCCUUGCGCCCCUCCCGGACUGCUUCCAGCAGAUGGUGACUCUACGGGAGCCAUUGACUCUCUUGAAAUACCUCAAGCUCAGCAGCACACGCACCUCACUCCCUCCCUGGUUGGGUUAUUUACCCUCGCUUCAACACAUUACCCUCUCCUCGUGCUGGAGCCUCCAGCAGCUACCACCCUCCCUGCCCCUCCUCUCUCCCUCUCUCCAAACCCUCCACAUACAUCAGUGUAAUUCUCUCACAUCCCUGCCCGAAGAUUUCGGGCAGCUCACUUCUCUCCAGCACCUAGAGAUUCGAAACUGCCCGGCGUUAUCCCAGCUGCCCAACUCAUUUCCCAACCUGUCCUCCCUCCAAUCCUUGGACCUGUCAUCGUGCGGAAAUUUGACAUCCCUGCCCAGAGAUUUCGGGCAGCUGACAGCUCUCAAGCUUGUUAGGCUCGCCUGUCUCUGCAAACUCGUCGAGCUGCCCGAAUCCGUCGGGCAGCUGUCACAGCUCCAGUCCUUUGAGAUUCAGGGGUGCCCGAGAAUCACCAUUCUUCCGCCUCUCUCCCAGUGCAUAUCGUUAAAUCUCCUCCACGUUGCAAAUUGCAAAUCCCUUUCCUCUCUCCCCUCCGACCUCCACUCUCUCCUCUCCCUCCACUCCCUAUACCUCCUCUCCUGCCCGGCCCUCAGUUCCCUGCCCGAAAACCUUGGGCAGCUGCCCGAACUUUCGUACCUUGAAAUCCGCAGCUGCAGAUCUCUCGUCUCACUGCCCGCUUCCCUCUCCCUUCUCUCCACCCUCUCUUCACUCAAAAUCGCCUGGUGCAGCAAGCUCACCUCUCUCACACCCAGACUGGACCACCUUAUUUCUCUCACCUCCCUCUCCCUCAUCGGUCUUCCCAGCCUUCGCACUCCACCCCCCUCUCCUUCGGCUUCUCCAGGCAGGUUUUUCCGGCGGCAGCUGCCCGGAUGCUUUCCGCAGCUGCCCAAGAGCUGCCUUGAAGAGGGAAAGUCCAUACCAGCUCCGGCGUUCAGAAUCGAACGCAUUCUUCGUGUUAUCUCCGCUUGUGGUCUAGCGCAGCCGCUCGGCAUUAUGGCCGCGCCGGCGGCUUCUGAGGGCCACGCCCUCGGUGCAGCAAGUUCAACCCAGUCAACGCAUGGUACCGCUGACCAAGCUGCGCCAGAGGUCGCGUCGUCCACGUCAGCCGCGCCGGCCACGUCAGCGCCGGAGAAAGCGGCGCAGGGGCAGGAGGCAGGCGUGCCGAGUCUGCAUGACAUCUCGGACCACAGCAGCGAGGAGGGCGACAACGACAGGGACUCCUCGGAAGAGAAGGGUGGGGGGGGAACACCGGGUGCUGCUGCGGACAGGGAGAAGGAAGAGCAGGGCGCUAAGGAAACUGCGGAGGCAAUUCCUAAUGGCAAUGGCAGCACGAAUGGGAUUGCCUUUGCGAAAGAAGAUUCUGGCGCCGCUGCUGAUGCGUCUGCUGCUGUUGCUGUUGCGAAUGAGAAUGGGAGCGGUGAUGGUAACGGUCCUGCGAAGCCGGCUGGGCUGCUCGCUACGUGGCGGCGGAAGGCGGAGCGACUGUUCCCUGGGCUGCUUGGCAAGGGGGAGAACCGGGAGGGAGGGGAUGGGGAUGACGAGGGUUCGAGCAGGGCGCUUGUGCCUGCUGCAGCAGCAGGCGUGCCUGCUCUGCCACAAGUCGUCGUUGAAGACCCUCCCCUGGUGCCACGUGGCAGCUACUGGGCGGUCUUCCAGGCGUUCUUCCUGCUCGGGUGGACGGCGUUCGGCGGCCCGUCCGCCCACAUCGCCAUGUACCACAAGCAAUUCGUUGAGCUGCGCGGAUGGAUGUCAGAGGACGUCUUUGCCGAGCUAUUAGCGCUCACCCAGGCAGUACCAGGUCCAUCCAGCACGCAGAUGUCAUUCUCCAUCGGCAUCCUCCAGAAGGGCAUCACGGGCGGGCUGCUCUCAGGCGCGCUCUUCCAGUUCCCAGGAGCUCUGAUCAUGGCCAUAGCUGGCUUUGGUGUCGCCAAGUUUCUUAUCGACCCAGCGCCCUGGUUGUCGGCGCUCUCAGCUGGGCUGGCAGCGGUGGCAGUGGCGCUGGUGGCGGAGGCAGCAGUGAUUUUGGGCAAGAAGAUGUGUCGCAACAAAGUGACUCGCGUGCUCUGUGUGGCCUCUGCUGUCAUCACAUUCUACUAUGCCACGCAGUGGAUCUUCCCCACUGUCAUCCUGCUAGGAGGCGUGGUCACGUACUUCACGGAGCGCAACAAGCCCAUCCCGCCGCAGCGCAGCGACAUUCAGAGGCUGGGCGUGUCCCCGCUGGUGGGCGCCAUGCUGCUGUUCGCGUGGAUCGCCAUUCUCGUUGGCUCCAUCGUCUACAAGAACGCCACCAGCUAUGAGAGCGCCAAGUGGAUCCACUGGUUCGAGGUGGAGGCUGGGCGUGGCGUGUCGCCGCUGGUGGGCGGCAUGCUGCUGUUCGCGUGGGUCGCCAUCCUGGUGGGAUCGAUCGUCUACAAGAACGCCACGAGCUACGAGAGCGCCAAGUGGAUCCACUGGUUCGAGGUGAGGGUGUGGGCGAGUGUGUGA